AUGGAUCCCAACGAGUUGCGAUUUCGAGCCCAGCAGUCUCCACGAAGCGAUGCCACCACGAUGAACUCCCUCGUUUCUCCUCCUCGUAACCACCCUCGAUCCAACUUGUCCCGCCGAUUCACCACUGACUCGGGGCGUGUACCAACAUUGUCAUCAAACAUGGGCGCUCGCGGCUCAGAUCAGGAGUACCAGAUAGAAAAGAAGCGGAUGGAGUAUGAGAAAAUCCGGGAACAGAAGCGACUUUUCGAGGCUGAGAUGGCGAAACACGAGGUGGAGCUCUCGCAGAUGAUGGAGGAGCACGGCAGACUUGCUGGGCAUCAGUCCGAGCCAACAACACCCCCCGAGUAUCGCGAGACCCCGACCGGCUUUCCUUCAAUGUUCUCCAGGCCGAAUCGGUAUUCGUUGUCUAGCCUGACGUCUCCGCCCGGCAUGACCAACCGCUCAGCACGAUCGGGGUCCAUCCUCGCAUCGCCGCAGUCGGGCAUCUCGCUGAAUCGUUUUGCCUUCGACGACCAGUUACCGUCGUGGUCGCAACAGACGUCCAGAAGAAAUAGUGAUGAGGAUGAGAAGGAGGAGGCUGUUCGCCAGGAUCCUACGUCUCAUCGCUCAACCAACGCUGUCAAUCGGUAUUCGAUGCCCGUGACGAAAUCUCGCACUGGGUUCUACGAUAUUGGUCUUGACCAAGCAAACACGACAGGUUUUCUGUUUGGCGACGACGACAACGCAGCUGAGGCCAAACUUUACGCCCAGAACAACGUCGAGGACAACUUCUCCUCUCUCGUCUCGCGGCCCAAUAUGUCUUCCAUCUCCUCCGAGACUUCAAACAUCGGUGGCCGCUCUGCCGCCUACCGCCACUCCCUCGAGAUGAAGCCCAUCGACCAGAAGUUCGCUGAGCAGAAGUUUGUCGAGACCGACCCUCCUCCUCCCGCCACCAACAACACCACUGUACUUGCCACCCCUCCUAAGCUGCAGCCGUCAUUCUCUGCCAACGACAUUCCAACCCUUAAGACGGUGUCAGGCUCGACCGUUGGCAGCACCCCCAACCACGCUGCGCAGCAGCACCUGCACAAUCACAAUGCUAGCAUGGGCCGUAUUCCUGCUGGUGCCCUGCCCAACCGUCACAGUCGCGAGCUGUCUGCUGAUGGCCGCGACAAUGUUUCUGCCGUCAACUACCAGUCACUUGGCUCCACGCUGCACGCCAACGCGGCGCCCUUCGGUCCGGCCCUCUCCCAGGCUCAGGCUUCCCAGCCUGCGACUGUGAACACCAUGGCCAGCCCUCAAGGUCUUGCAACUUACAACAAUGCCUACUAUGGCAACAACGGCUACAGCAGUGCUGGUACUCCCAGCUCUGUGGGCUUCAGCAGCCCCGCUGGACCUGCUGGACCCGCCAACUUUGCCAGCCCUGUCGGUCCCAUGAAUGGUGGUACUGGUUACCACGCUGUUCCUCUGCUGUCCGCACAGAUGAAUGGCUUGUCUCUGAACGGUACGACUGGCUACUCCAAUGCCAACUACGUUGGCUACGGUGCUGUCUACGCCCCUCCGCAGCCUCGUGACAGUCAGGCCCGCAUCAUUCAGAGCCGCCGUCAGCAAGACAAUGAGGCUAUGAGCCGCUUCAAUGGUCAGCCCCUUGAGGCUUACGGUGGAAGCAUCUAUGAGCUCUGCAAGGACCAGCACGGCUGCCGCUACCUCCAAAAGCAGCUGGAGAACCGUGACCCCGAACAGAUCCACAAGAUCUGGCUGGAGACCUCUUCACAUGUGAUCGAGCUCAUGACCGAUCCAUUCGGCAACUAUCUCUGCCAGAAGCUCUUCGAGUAUUGCAACGACGACGAGCGUACUGUCCUUGUCCAGAACGCUUCGAGAGACAUGGUCCGUAUUGCUCUGAACCAGCACGGCACCCGCGCCCUCCAGAAGAUGAUCGAGCACAUCUCCAAUGAUGAUCAGGUGCAGCUCAUUAUCGAGGCUCUUCGUGACCGCGUGGUCGAGCUCAUCCAGGACCUCAAUGGCAACCACGUCAUCCAGAAGUGUCUCAAUAAGCUCAGCUCCCUCGACGCUCAGUUCAUCUUUGACGCUGUUGGCACCAGCUGCGUUGAGGUUGGCACCCACCGUCAUGGCUGCUGUGUGCUGCAGCGCUGCAUCGACCACGCUUCUGGCGAUCAGAAGGUCCUGCUCAUUCAGCGCAUCACCGAGCACGCCGUGACCCUUGUGCAGGACCCCUUCGGCAACUACGUUGUGCAGUACAUCAUCGACCUGAACGAGCCAAUGUUCACCGAGCCUCUGGUUCAGCAGUUCCACGGCAGGAUUCCCCAGCUGUCGCGCCACAAGUUCAGCUCCAACGUCAUAGAGAAGUGCCUCCGAUGCGCCGCAGACGAAUCCAAGGAUAUGAUCGUGGAGGAGUUACUGACGCCUGGUGAGAUUGAACGCCUCAUCCGCGACUCGUACGCCAACUAUGUCAUUCAGACGGCCCUGGAGCACGCCACCUUGUAUAUGAAGAAGGAACUGGUUGAGGCCAUCCGCCCCAUUCUUCCUGCCGUCCGCCAGACUCCCUACGGACGAAAGAUUCAGGCCAAGAUCAACGCCUACGACUCCAACGGUGGUCGCCUCAACAGCGAGCAGGUGACUCCAGUCGACCCAACCCAGGGUCAGAUCCCCCUUCGCCCGGCUCACCCGCGAGGAUUGUCCAACAGCAACAACACAUCGAUCUUGGCUCCUAGCUACCAGAACGGUGUCAACGGCAUCAAUGGUGCCCGUGGAUCUCAGGCAUUUCCUUCCAGUUCUAUGAUCACGGUCCCACCCCCUCAGCCGCAGCGUGCUCAGCAGUUCCCCCCGCCUCAGCACGCUCCAGCUUUUGGCGACGGCAUUGCUAUCAAUGGCAUUCACGCUUCUGAUUCCUCCGAAAACGGAGAGCAGAACUUCUUCUAGUCUGCCUCCGUUGUAUAACACUUGCGGUACGGGCAUCGCGUUUUAGAUCCCCCUUUGGCCAUCAAAACAAUUCGCAUCAGUCCUCCCUAUUCCAUUUGCUUUGGUUUUCGGCUCGGCGUUUUGGUCACGGCUCACGGAAUCGCCAUGACAAUGGCCCACGACGUCAAUGAACUCAUCAGCAUCCGACUUUCUUCGAUUGCGGACGAUGGCUGGUUGCGAUGCACUCGGUGGGCUCUGCCUUCCCUAGCAGCCCACAGUCGGAAUGCACUUGCCUCGAGUCUCUCUGCAUUGCAUCGCUCGGAGCACUCCCUGCUGGGAUAGAGCCUCAUCUGUCCUCCUGGUAGUUACUCUGUGCAACAAAUUUGGGGUUUUACGGCAUGUUUCGGAGCCGCACAUUGGACUGCUCCUGCUUUUUGCCCUUCUUUUUUUUCUUCUUCUUCUUUCUUCUUUCUUUUCUUUUCUUUUCUUCCAAAAGACGAAAGUUUGGGUUCGCCGGCCACGUGGAAGCACAGCUUUCUACUGCAUUGGUUUCCCUCUGGCUUGGAUCUGAACAACGGACCAUUUUGGGCUCCUCAUCUACUGGAUCGGAUCUCCGCCACCAGAACCGAAUUUGCAAAAUACUCUCGGAUCAUCCAUCGUUCGGCCUUCUACGACAUAUGGCAAACAAAAUUUCAUACAGGUCAUACAAAUAUUCUUACAGCAUCUAUUAUUAUGACCUGUACUCUAUUUCAGCGCAUUUCGAGACUCCUGUCACCUUUUCUUCUUCCCUCGAUGCAUCCGCACGAGGUCUUCAUUGGGCUCGUUAUCGUCCAUCAAUUUUUUCUUGGAAGGGCAGUCUCUGGCCUGGCUCUGAGGGUAGAUAAUCGCAUUCUUCGGGAUGCGGAAGUACAAUACCAUUAGAAAUUUUUGAUCACG